AUGAAAUUAGGAUAUAAUGAAAUAAUGAUAGUAUCAAUGUAUUUUAAUGACAUUAAUGAUUUUAUUAAUUUAGAAAUAGGAAUUAAAAGAUUUCAAGGAAACAUGGAACGAUUUCAUUUUAAUCCAAUUCCAUUAAAUAAAUAUUCAAGAAAAUUAUUUACUAAUAUUGAAACAUUUCAUAUUUAUAAUAAAAAUGAUAAAAUAUUUAAUGAUGGAAGAAUAAUUAAACAAGUAAUAUGGUAUUUAGUAAAUUAUUCAAAAUACUUACAAGAAAAAGAACAAGGAAAUAUCUGUAAAAAUAUAGAAUAUACAGAAGAAGAUAGAAAAUCAUAUGGGAAUACAAUACCACCAGAAGUUAAAUCAGUUGGAGAUUAUUGUUUUUAUAAUUGUGAUGAAUUAACAACAAUUAAUAUUCCAUCGUCAAUUAGUAAAAUAGGAAAUGGUUGUUUUAAUGAAUGUUCGUCAUUAAAAUCUAUUAAUAUACCAACAACAAUUAGUAAAAUAGGAUAUUAUUGUUUUAAUGAAUGUUUAUCAUUAACAUCAAUUAAUAUACCAACAACAAUUAAUGAAAUAGGAAAUGAAUGUUUUAAUGGAUGUAUAUCAUUAAAAUCAAUUAAUAUACCUUCAUCUGUUAGUAAAAUAGAUAAAGAUUGGUGUUUUUAUGAAUAUUCAUCAUUAACAUCAAUGAAUAUAGAUAAUCUACAAUUUGUAAGUAAAGAAAGAAUAUUUAUGAAUGAACCAGUGUUAGUUAGUAUUGAAAUACCAGAAAAUUUACAAAUAAUUAAUGGAAAGAAUAUAGAAAAGAAAGAUAUUAAUGAAUUUAUUAUUCCUUCUUCAAUUACUAAAUUAGAACAUCGCUGUUUUUCAAGAUGUUCAGCAUUAAAAACAAUUAAUAUACCAUCUUCAAUUAAUGAAAUAGGAAAUGAAUGUUUUAAUGAAUGUUUAUCAUUAACAUCUAUUACUAUACCAACAACAAUUAGUAAAAUAGGAAAUAGAUGUUUUAGAGGAUGUUCGUCAAUAAUAUUUAUUAAUAUACCAACACAUGUUAGUAAAUUAGGAAAUGAAUGUUUUUAUGAAUGUUCAUCAUUAAAAUCUAUUAAUAUACCAAUAUCAAUUAAUAAAAUAGGAAACUGUUGUUUUUAUGGUUGUACAACAUUAACAUCUAUUAAUAUACCAACACCAAUUAGUAAAAUAGAAGGUGGUUGUUUUUAUGAAUGUAAAUCAUUAACAUCAAUUAAUAUACCAACAACAAUUAAUGAAAUAGGAGAUGAUUGUUUUAAUAGAUGUUCAUCAUUAACAUCAAUUAAUAUACCUUCAUCUGUUAGUAAAAUAGGAGAUUGGUGUUUUAGUUAUUGUUUAUCAUUAACAUCAAUUAAUAUACCAUCAUCAAUUACAUCAUUUGGAGAUGGAUGUUUUUAUGAAUGUGGAUGUGAAGAAGAAUUAAAGAAAAAUGAAAGAAUACCAAGAAAUUGUUUUAAAUGA